UACCGGAGUGGUGCUCUGCGGAUCUUUUCCACCACUUGAUAUGCACAGUGUGUCACGGAGGAGACCCUAAAAUUCAACGCGGCGAUGCUACAAGCCUCCAAUAGCAAUUAAUAAGGGUGCCCAAUUAAUACUCUCAUUUUCGUCCUCUGAAACGCUGUCGCGAUCGUCGUCUCGGAAAAGAAAUCAAAUCAGUACGUUGUCUCUAUCCAUCCAUCCAUCCAUCCAUAUCCUUCUCCUUAUCUACAUCUACCCUGAUUGCAGUUAAUUUUACAGUCUAACGAAGAGGAGAUGCUUCUACGGAUCACUGCCUUCACAUCCCCUUUCCAAUCCCCCGUCAUUACCUCCACCUCCAUCACCAAACUCUACCUCAAUACUGAUAAAUCUCUGAAUCCUUCCACUCAUUUUCUGGGCACAGCCCUCUUUCCUAGUCUUGGAAGAGGGCUCUAUUUGGGCUUGGGUAUCAGAAAUAGAUCGAGAAAUUCUCAUGUCAAUAGAGUUAAUGCUUCCUUGCUUGAGGCCCCUGUUCUAUGGGUUGGAAGGAUGUGCAUCUUCUACGCCCUUGUGAAGCUUGGUUUGGCUGGAUCUCCAGAAACCCCACUUUCUCCAGAUUCGGCAACUGGAGGUGAUGAUUUGGGUUUCUCUAAGUGGGUUGAGGAGGUCCAAGGAAAACCAGAGAAAGAAGCAUCUGACAACAGAAAACAAGUAAGCAAAUGGCGUCCAACAACAAAGGGUACAUUGAAACGGAAUUACAGAGUACCUUCCAUAUCUGAAGGGAGACGCCUUCUUAAAUCCGUUGCAUCUCUGCUGUCAGAUGAUGAUCAAUUCAGAGAUGCCACUUCCCACAAGGGUUGUCAAAUUAGGAGGGAGAGUGCUCACGGAGAGAGCAUCUGUUGUAACAAUGUGAGAGCUUUGUUCGAUGAGCUUCCAACUCCACACUUGCUUGUGGAAAUCACACCUUUUCCUGCUGGUCCUCUAACGGAGAACGAUCAUGCCAAGGCAGAGAAACUAGAGAGGUUGCUCAGGCCUGGCCCUUCGAUGUGAAUCUGCGUUGCUUUCUAGCACUCUCUGUAUAUAUAGAAGUCCUUCGCCUGUAUAUAGUACGAUCAUGAGAGAUUUAACUGAAGUUUCUUGGCUACUUUUUGAAGGGCUGAUGUGUUAUUGGCUAAUUUAGAACUGCUUGAGUUAAUUCAGCCUAAAAUACUAAUCGCAA